AUGGACCGGCGGAUCACAGUACCAUCAAUACACAAUCGCAAUCGAGGUAUGGAGCAAAUUGUUGCAGAGGAUGAGUCUAUGCAGGUUGUCGAUUCGGCGUCUUCUACUCCCCUUACUGGCCAGAGUGGAGUUCAAACACCAGCGCUAGGUCCUUCCCAGAUGCCUGUAAACGACGAGCUAGAGCAAUUCCGAUCCGAAUGGAAGAGGGAAGUUGAAGCAAGAGGUCAUCCCACUUAUGCUCAUCCUCCGCCUGCUUCCUCGUCUGAUCAGUCCAAGCAUGAUGCACAAGCGAGCAUGCAAGUGCAGGGAUCGUCCUCCAAGAUGACAAAUGAUGCUCAAAUUGGAUUGUCGAGCUUGUCUAUCUCAGCAGACCCGAACGCUAAAAGUGUUGAAAGUGACCAAGAUAUCCAAGGCGAGCAAGAUGGCAGUACGCUGCCACAGAACGAUUCUCUACCUGCUUUCCCUGAGGCAGAGAUCUACGCUCCCGCAGCGCUCAAAUACUCCAAAGGUGCACACAAGAUGCCUCGAACUAACCCUUCACAUACACAGAUCGAUCUUUCGGCCCCUAUAAUUCCGCGAGAGUAUCAUCCUCCACCGCUGGAUCCCUCAUCGUCACCAUCGACAUCGGCCUCGUCCGGCUCUGUGGCCAACGGAGUCUCUCAUGCGCUGCGUGACCGUGAUCGUACAGGUGGGCAUCCUACCACUUCUGUCUUCGCUUCCACAUCUAUUCCGCCCGCGAAUGAUGCACAAGCAUCGGGCUCAUCUUCAGAAUCAUCACUACCUCCACCACCUUCCCGGGCUCCGCGAAUCAUGGCCACACCUGAUGCACCCGCUCUCGCAAGUCAAGCCACACAAGCCGGCAUGCGUAGUGCUGUGGAGGCAUAUGCACAUGCAGUCGAGAUGGAGCGCAGCGGGCAACUCGACCAAGCACUCACAUCUUAUCGUCGCGCCUUCAAGCUGAACAGCAACGCCGAUCGUCUCUAUCAUCGAGCUCACCUGCUCCUGACUCACCCUGCCCUGACCAAUACCUCAGCCCAGCAGAACGACGCCCUCCUGUCCAGCCCCGCCAUCGCAGAAAAGGUGCGCAAAGCACUCGAUUUUGAUGACCACCGCUAUGUUGCGAUCAAAGAGAGACGCGCCAAAGACGCCGAGGCCCGUGCCAGGGGAGAGCCUGUGCAUGCGCCCCCCUCGAAAUCAGCCCAAGACACAGAAGAACCUGCAAAUGAAGCAACAAAGCUACCCGCAACUCGUCCAGACGAGCUGGCAAGGCUCUUGGAUACUUGGUCGAUAGAGGGUGGCGGCGAGAGAGAUUUUGGAUUGGUGGCAUUCGAACCCGACGAUGAGGAGAAGCAAAUGCCUAUUGCAAGCUUGCCCGACGAGAUCUUGUUGCAUAUUCUGCAACUGGUCAUCGCACCCAGAGGCAGGAGAGGUGCCAAAGUGGUCAAACUCAAGCCUAGCCCAGAGGAGCAAGCCGCGCUCGAUGCUGCUGCACCCGCCUUGGCUGGGCGUUUCAACGUCCAAGGUGAUCCGACCAAAAGUGAAACCCAAAAGUCAGGCAAGAGCAAUGCGAGUGCAAACGUUGGAGCGAAUUCAACCAGUGGUGUCAAGGCUGGCCCCGAUUCCACGAUAGUGCUAAGCGACAAGGAGGUAUCAGCAAGCACUGCCACCCCGGAAGCCUCAUCACGUGGAGAAAAAGCAGCUACAGAGGGCAGCGGUACGGGGAUCGUGCCAACAACACGUAAGCAGCCUCUGGGGAUCGGCGUCGUGCUUGGCGGCUCCGACUGGCAGUCGCUUGAAAUCGUUGGACGCACAUGUUGGAAGCUGCGACUACUCACCAAAUCACCCUCUCUGUGGCGCGAAAUUGUCCGCGAAACCUACUAUCCACCCAUCCUCGACCCUUCUCUCAGCCUAACCACUCUCUACGAGCGAAAUCACUGUGAUUGGCGAACAGCGUUUAUCAACCAGCCACGCGUGCGUCUCAAUGGUUGCUACAUCGCAGCCUGCCACUACGCCCGUCCCGGCCUUUCAGAAGACGCCUGGGUGCGCGUGAUUCACGUGGUGGAGUUUUACCGUUCGAUUCGCUUCCUUCCCGAUGGCACUGCUCUCUCGCUCCUCACUACUGACCCUCCUUCGGAGACUGUACGUCGUCUGGAACCUGCUCUCAAAGCAAAAGGAUUCGCCAAAGGCCGAUGGGAAUUGUUCGAGCAGGGCUUAGACGAUGAUGAGGACGAAGGUAGACCGAGAGGGCCUAAGGUGGUGGUGGAGGAUUUGAGGGACAGAAGCAUGCACAAGUACGCCUUCAGAAUGGUGUUCAGUUUGAGAAGCACGACGAGGGGAAGGUGGAACAAGUUGGAUCUGUUGGAUUAUUACAGCGUCAACCUGACGAACGGUGAGGUGUUGCCCCUGCCACAGAAGCAUUCGCGGCCUUUCCACUUUUCCAGGGUCAUUGCUUAUGGCAUAUAG